GUUGAGCAGUAUUGAACAAGAUGGAAAACCAAAGUUUAUAUGAUAUGGAUCAAGAAGUCGUUGAAGAACAGGUCACUGAAUUUCAAUGUCCACAGUGUGUGAGACAAUUCAAGCACAAAAGAGGGCUUGUGCGCCACCAAAACAGCGUGCACCUAAAUGAGAGACACCCCUGUGAAAACUGUGGCAGAACGUUUAGUGAAAAAUACGACCUCAAGAGGCACGAGAAAGUCUGUCCUGGCGGAUCAUCCAAAAGAAAAUCCGACGAUGGAAACGAUUCAUCAGCAAAAAAGCAGAAACUUACUGAUGCAGAAAUCAUGGAAUAUGAGUUAGCGAACAUUCCCCCUGAAAUGUAUGAAGAAUAUGACGGGCCGAUCCUGGGAGAUGAUGAUGAGAAUGAUGAACAGCACGGUGGAGGACCUGUCGAUCAGGAGUGUGCUUUGAACAAUAGCGCCACCAAAUUCAAGUAUAACCCCAAUAAGAGAGAAAAAUACGACCUGUUAUUAACCUUGGGAGGCAAAAAGAAAACGAUUAUGAAACAACUUCAAAAACAAUUAAAGAAACACCGUGGAAUCAAGUGGUUCCUGUGCGUUCAAGUGAAAAUGAUGAAGUCCAGUCCUGAUGGCAAAGAUCAGAAGUUCAUAGUCAGUGUGAAACGAGGUUAUUCCGGGCGAAAUUAAUUUUUCCGAAUUU